AGCACCAAGCCUUUUAUUAGUUAGUUCUUAGUGAUUCAAGGUUUGGGGUUAGCUUCCGCCGGUAGAAAUGGUUCUCCUUGAUAAGAUGUGGGACGACGUCUUCGGCGGUCCUCAGCCUGAUAAAGGCCUAGGCAAGCUGAGGAAGGUCUCCCCAAAGCCUUUGUCCAUCAAAGGGGAGGGCAGCAGUGAGGGCGGAGGCGUGUUCCACCGUUCAAUAUCUCUGCCACAGACGCCGACCACGCCGACCACUCCAGUAACGCCGUCGUCGUCCAGCUACUCUCCGACUCAGCGGCAUGGCAACGUGUGGAGGAGCGUGUUCAACCCUGGCAGCAACCUCGCCACCAAGACUGUCGGAGCUCACUAUUUCGACAAGCCCCAGCCCAACUCCCCCACUGUCUACGACUGGUUGUACAGCGGUGAGACGAAGAGCAGCCACCGUUGAAAUUUAUCUACUCCAGAUAUGGCGUAUGUAGAUCAGGUGAAUACAAGCCGUGAACUGGAAGGAGAUGUGUAGUGAGUUAGAGUACUGCGUCUCAAAACUUUGUUGGUAAUCUGAAGUGUUUGGCUGCAGUUUAAGAGUGUGGGGGUUUGGAGUUUUUAAGUUUGUUCAUAUGUGAUGCUUGCUGGCUUCGUGUAUCGACUAUGUGGUAUGUACAUGUUUGAUAAAUAGAACUCUACUUUUUCUUCCUACUGAA